CGCUGAUCCGGAGAUUUGUACGGGUGCCGUGGAAAGCUAACGACGCAAUUGGUGCCAAGCAUCAGAGGCUCGAAAGAUUUCUCGGCCGUCAGUAGUAUUCAACCAACCUCCACUGACAACUUUGUCUACCAUUAUUACUCUUUGUCCCAUAUACACAUUAUAAUAUGGCCCCCAACCAGCGCAUUGUCGUCUCUGGCGGCGGUCGCCCUCAGAAGGGCUUCAUCGGCAGUGUCUACGAUGAAAUCACCUCGUCCGAGAACGCCACCAUUGUUAGAAGCCUCCUGGUCUUUGGUGCCGGUGUCGCUUUCUUCCACAGCAGCCUCGGCGAGCUGCUCGUCCCUCCUGUCUAAACCCUUCCCGACACAUUGAGUCGACAUGUUAUGAAUCUUUCACGACCGGAUCGGAUGAUUAGCGAUUAGCGAAGUCGAAAAAAGAACAUGCGGCCUUCGAUCUCCUAUCUGUUUCGAAUUCUUUUAAUGAAUCCGUGUAUUAUAUUUUGCUUUACGGGCACAUGCGUCUUGGUGAUCUCAAUGUGGACGGUUUUGUCAGUCUAUAAAUCCAUGAAAUGAAUCUGUUACGGCGUUUACUUGGGUCCUGCGACACUACGGUGCUUGAGAGUGCAUCUACAAUCGAUGCAUUGGAGUGUGGUAAACCUUUUCUGCUUUAAAUUAAUUCCUUGGCUGGGGACUUGCAGGCUGAUUCUUGGAUUUCCAACUUCCAACAUCACUUGCAAAGACCUCCGAUCCGUUGCAAUACAAAACACUGAGUUGUCGAUGUUGGUUCGACCAACUUCGUGCUCCUGAGUAGUGGUUCUCAG